AUGGCUCCUCUUACACUCUCCGUUAAAGCGCAAGACUCUUCCAUUUCAGAUGCUUCUACUAGGAGAAAGCAAAACUUAACUGUGAGAAAUUCUUUUGCAUCUGUUACUGUCGGACAAGAAAAACCAUUUGACUUCUUACGCACUUUAUUUGAGGGUGUUAUUGCAGGUGGUACAGCAGGAGUUGUUGUUGAAACAGCUUUAUACCCCAUUGACACUAUAAAAACACGUCUGCAGGCUGCCCGCGGAGGAGAAAAACUAGUAUUAAAAGGCCUUUAUUCUGGAUUGGCAGGGAACCUUGCUGGUGUCUUACCGGCAUCUGCUUUAUUUGUUGGAGUUUAUGAACCUGUAAAGCAGAAAUUGCUAACGAUGUUUCCUGAAAAUCUGAGUGCUUUUGCUCAUUUAACUGCAGGUGCUAUAGGGGGCAUUGCUGCAUCUUUUGUUCGCGUUCCAACAGAGGUUGUCAAGCAACGGAUGCAAACUGGGCAGUUUACCUCAGCUUCUAAUGCUGUUCGCUUUAUUGCAGCUAAGGAAGGCUUUAAAGGAUUUUAUGCUGGGUAUGGAUCUUUUUUACUGCGGGAUUUGCCCUUUGAUGCUAUUCAGUUUUGCCUUUAUGAGCAGAUUCGAAUAGGUUAUAUGCUUGCGGCACGAAGAAAUCUAAAUGAUCCUGAAAAUGCAAUUAUUGGUGCUUUUGCAGGCGCACUAACUGGAGCAAUAACUACACCCCUUGAUGUCAUCAAGACAAGGUUAAUGAUUCAGGGACCUGCAAACCAAUAUAAGGGAAUUGUGGAUUGCGUUCAAACCAUUAUUAAGGAAGAGGGACCUGGUGCUUUUAUGAAGGGUAUUGGACCAAGAGUACUUUGGAUAGGCAUAGGUGGUUCAAUAUUCUUUGGCGUCCUUGAGAGUUCAAAACGUUUCCUUGCUGAGAGGCGUCCUACAAAAGCUCCGCGCGUAAACUCAGAAAAAAGUAAAGAUUAA